UUUGUUGGUGAAGAAGAGAUGCUGCAAUGAAUACUUGUGCACCACCUAUAUUGGUUGGAGAAAGAGUUUUCUGGUUGGCAAGUGGAAGUGGCAUUCCACAAGCCAGCACAGUACGAUGGAUUGGUCAUAUUCCAGAAAUUGGCCCAGAAUGGACUAUUGGUCUGGAAUUGGACAAUGCCCUGCCUUACGGCGGCAUCGAUGGGGCGUGGGGCAACCGGCUGCUGUUCUCGUGCAAGCCGAAGCAUGGCCUGUUGGUGCCGCAGUCGCAGGUUGCAACCGCAAACUCAAACCACAUUCCAGAUAUUGGAGCCAAUUCCAAAUUCAAGACUUCGUGUAAAGACCUCCGCCAAUCAUCGUUGAACUCACUCGAUAACAAUAAAGAUAAUCAGAUCAUAAAAUAUAAACCGAAUAUAACAACCGUUCCAUCUACAGAAGUAGAGAAUUAUGACUUUGGUAAUUCACACGAUCUUCCAGCUGUUAGCAAUGCGUUCAUACUGCAUGCUGGUAGUGAAAGGAAUGAAAUGCUACCAAGAGCACCGCCAAGAAACAGAGUUGAAUUGAAGCUGAAGUAUGCGGACAUUACUGGCGAUGCCAAUGAAGCACUAUUCGCCGAUUACCGAAAUGAGAUAGCAUUGUUGAAAGUGAAGCACAACAAUGAUGGGAGUAGGAUAGUUGAUGUACGGAAGAGAAGUCGAACACGAGAUGCCAACAACCCGAGUGGUGACAAUGUGAAUAGAAUGAGUGGUGUGAUUAGUCAAAAUGUGCAGGCAACUUCGCAAGUAGAAAGCAUUUCUGUUUCUGACAGUGUGCAUUUUGCUUCACGUCGCCAGAUCUUCUUUAGACAAGGUCGCUCACACAGUGACUCAUCUCAGGAUGUUCUGAGCUCUUCUUCGAGGAAAGAAAAGACUGCUAGUGGUUUAUUCUCGUUUUUGCGCUGGUUUCGUAGAGUCAAAUCAGAAGGAGAUACUGAUGAUGAAGAUGAGGAUGAUGAUGAUGAUGAAGCAGAAAAUAAUGGUGAUUGUGCAAAUGCUAUAGAAGUGUUCCCCCCAUCACCUCGAUUAGUCAGAAGUAAUAGCUCAAGUUGUGGUAGUAUUGAUACGUUAUUCAGUACAGCCACUGCUAGUAGCUUUGCCUUCAUCCAUCCAUAUAACUACAGACCAUUUGGACCCGUGUUGCAGUCACAGACCAGAAUCACCGAAGAUGCAGACACUGAAACAUACCGACAGCGAGUCAAACAAACCGAAAGAGUCAGGCAACUCGACAAAAAUAUCAGUUUGAAAAAGAAAUAUAAUCUGUUUGGUAGUGGAACUAUAUGUAGAAGCCUUGACAGUGUUGCAGGACGAUUUUAUAAGAUUGAAAACACUGAUAACAAUUUGAGCAAUAAUAAUCUUGCAACAGGAAGCCAGGGCUCAACUUUAAGAAAGAAAAGGAAGGCACCCCCGCCUCCUCAACUCACAGCACAGACCGACUACAGUCUCCCGAACACACUGAAUCAUCUUACAAAGCAGAACAAUACAAGCGGGCAGGAUAAGUUUGAAAAGAAUAACUUGGACGAGUCAUUUCAUAGGAGAACUGUUAGUGAAUCGGCCAGAGACAGAAAGGCUGGAGCCUACUGUCACGUGAGAGGCAAGAGGAAGGCGCCACCUCCACCAGUUGCAAAUAAUGCAACUUGCAAUGAAAAAGUGAGUAAAAGUGGCAAUCACAGUCUAGGAAGAAAGAAACGGCCUGCUCCACAACCUCCCACUCAACCUCCAAAACAAACAAACUCAGUUGAAAAGCCAUCACUCAAUGUAAAUCCUUCUCCUGCAGAUUCCUCUAGUGCUGUUGUUGAAAAUAAAGACAAUGUUGUUCGUUACAGAAAUAACUCCACCGGCAGAGAAAAGAAACAAGGCAGUCUCAGUCUGGAGGAGAAAGAACGGCUGUUGAAGAAUAUUGCAAAACUGCAAGCAGUGGCUGAAAAGAGGAGUAGUGUGUGCUGUACUCCUCCGUCUUCUCCUAGUCUCGGCCAAAAGAUGGCAUACUCUCUCAGUAACGAUACACUCAGGCUUGAAAAAGGAAUCCUGAAGCCUAACAGAAGUGAAGAUGGCGCCUCAACAGCAUCAUCGUCAACCUCAAACCUCCAUGUUGAAGCAGCAAAGAUGACCCCUUCAUCACCCGUUUCGCCAAGGCCAUGGUACAAGCGCAACAUCAUCAAAGACAAUCACUCAUCACCAAGUAGCAAGAUGCUGUUUGAUAAGAAAAAAGAGAAGACGAAAGUCGAUGAUUGGAUGCCGGAUGUGGCGAUCUCAAGAUCAAGUUUGAUUGUCAAUGACAGUAGCAAUAAAUUCAACUUGUUCUCUUCUAAAUCGGAUAAAGUAGACGAAAAGAGAAAGUCACAAAUUUCAAUGCUUGUGAACAUCAGCGAAUUGGACAGAGAAGCUGCUGAAAUUGUUCAGAAGGAACAUGCUAAAGAAAAAGCCAAACUUGAUGCCGAAGAUGCGAAGUUCUACUCGUUUCCAGAGUUGCAAGACAGUGUAGCCAGCCAAGCAUAUGACAAUGAUCAACAACUCCAUCAAAACGCCAAUAGUCCAAAGCGAAACUCUGCUAGAGAAUUCGUGUCACUGUUUAAUGCAAUUACCAAUGUGACAAAAGUAACAGUGAAUACAACGUUCUUUUCAAGAGAAACGGCGAGUCUGUUCUCGAGAGAUGGCCGGGAAAAGAGGUUUUCGUUUGGGAGUGGUGCAUCGAGUGUUGAAAGCAGGGAAGAGGACAAACCUCCUCAACUUGAGAGGCCCAUUUCACCUCACAACACAGAGAUUAAACAAGAAGCAGUUAUUUUUGAAGCGAGAGAGACUUAUCUGGAGUCGCCGGGAGAGAAGAGGCGGCGAUGGAAUAGAAUUAACGCAGUUGAAUCUGAUGAUGCUGAUGUGGCAGAGGCUGAACGAGUAACGAUCGAAGAAAUCAAAGAAUUUGACGCAGAAGAGGAGGAAAACGCAGAGAGAAAUGCAAAAACUCAGGCACUGUUCGAAGCAAACCGCUUGAAAAGACACCAUUCUCCAAGUCCAAGCAUUCCCACUAUAACCGAAGUGUCGGAAACAACCAGCUCAGUUGCCACGACUCCAGGGUCACCCAUACAAAGCAGCCUCGCUAGUCCAGCCACCCCCACCACGCCUCACCCCUUCCCAGGGCCGUCCAUUACCACUGAUCCUAAACCACUCAACAAAAGUAAUAGCAGUACCUACUGGUCGUGUUCUCAGUGCACUCUGGAAAACCCUUCUUGGAGGUUCACAUGUGAAGUUUGUGAUACCUGGAAGCCUUCAAAUAUAAAAACGAAACAGGUCAUAUUGCCGUUCAAUCGCUUGGGUAGGACAAAUGAUGUAAAUAAAGAUGACAGAGUUAAAGAGCAAUCAAAUGCAAACGAUGAUAGCCUGUUGAAAAAUAUUGAUGAUGAAAUUCGUUUGAGGAAAAAAUUGAAUGAUACUAAAAAGAUAGACAUUGCAAAAGAUGUGAACAAUACUAAUCCUAUAGAUAUUAAAAACGAUGUGCACAUUACUAAUAUCGAAGGUACUAAUGAUAAAACAGUAGUAGAUUUAGGGGAUAACGCUGAUAUUGAAGAAGUGAGGAAAGCCCGUUUGGCUUUUUUCAACAAAUCGGAUACGAAAGAGGAUCAUUCCAAUAAAAUAAAUGAGGACAAAACUUCAGAUGUAUUGAAUAGUAUUAGAGUAAGUGGUGUGAAGCCGCUACUUGAAUCUAGUAGUAAUGCUGAAGAACGACUCAAACUCAGAGAAAUGCUCAAAGACUUGAAACAUUCUCUCCCAAAACGAAGUAAACAAACUUCACCGAUUGGAGACAAUACGGAAAAAUCUCAGCCCCCUAAUAAUAGCAAGCAUAUUACAGAAUCUCCCGAUAAAGCGAUAAGUUAUGGCCAAGUAGUUAAUGAUACAGCUGUUAAAAAUUUGGGUGCUAUUAAAAAGACAACACCAGCUCAGAAAAAUGAUAAACGUAAGACUUCUGCAGCCGAUGUUGGAAAAUGUGACGAGCAAGAAGUCGAAGAGAAAAAGAAUGAGAGAGCAGAAAUUUAUUUGAUGAAAACUGAAACAAUAAUUGAAGAGAUCAGGAUGAAGAAGCAACCAGAACAGAAACCAAAUAAAGUCUCGUCGUCGGCUCAAACCAGUUCAGUUGUUCGCAAAAGUGACGUUCAAUCAUCUAGCAAUUCAGAAAAUAUCAGUAAACCUGUUGUGGAAACUCAGAAUCCGAAAACUAAUCAAGAUUCGUAUGUGGUUCCAAUAACUGAGGAGGAAUAUACAAUUAAAGAUGGCGUGCUCACUUCGUCCAUAUCGAACAAUAAAACGACGAUUGGUAAGAAGACAUUCGAGUUGAUUCUGGCACAGGACUUUGCUGGCAUCAAAGCUACUAAAACGGGCAAGGGUUUCUUGCCAGCUCAUGUGUAUGCCAACCUUCCAGCGACUGCAGGUGCAGCUGAUUCUGUGGCAGCAGCUGCGAGCAAUAACCAAGCAACAGAAGUCGACAGGUUGACUGAGAAGCUCACCUGCGCUAAAGGAAUAGCAGAUUUUAAAGCUGAUCUGGUACCGGAAUCGGAUGGCGGAGGUGGUGGUGGCGGGGGUGGGGGCAGCAGGAAGCCGUCCUACCUGGUGAACACAGUGGCGGUGAACAGACGGCUGCGACGUCUGGAGGCGGCCAUUGCCAGGGGGGACCUGCACCUCGCCGCACAGCUUGCCAGGGAGCUCGCUCAGCUCAAGAUCAACUGCUCCGUCACUCGGCACAAAGUCGUCGACAACAUCGUAGUGGACAUGUACGUUGAAGAUAAGGUGUCGCAUCAAGGCCCAAUGGCACUGACCGUGUCUCCCAGCAUGAGUGUGGCCGACCUCAAGAUGAAAGUGGAGCGGGAACUGGAGAUUCCGUGCGCGUUCCAACGCUGGAUUCUCGGCAAGCAGCUGGCCAGUGACGACACACUCUGUCUGGCCGACUUGGGGGUCAGCAUGCCUCAUUGUCCCAUCUUUCUCUACCUCGUUGCUCCUGAAGCGAGCCAAGUGACGAAUGGUGUUGAAUUUGAGGGAGCAGCGGCGGCUGCAGCUGCACCAGUAUUGAUGCCUGAGAUGGCUCCACCGCAGCCCCCUCCUCCACCCGAGCAGAUCAAACGCGGCGGCUGGUAUUACAACGAUGAAGAAGACAAGUACAGCUUCUGCGCAGACUCCGAUGCCUCAGGCAGCAGCACGCCAGGCAGCCCGCAGCCAGUGGAACUGAUAUCGGAUUAUUCAGAAGAGGAGCUGUCUGACCAUGGCUCCCGUCCUCCCACCCCUCCACAACGAAACAUCGAUCUCGAAACAAGCGGAACAUUGAAAAUAGGUUGGAAAUGUGAAGUUUGCACGUUGAUGAAUUCGCCGUUGCGACCGGGGUGUGCCGCCUGCACAUCCUCCCGACCCGCUGACUACCAAGUCCCCACCGACUAUCAAGCCAAUCAACAGGAGCUCAUCAACAUUCAACUCGAAGAAAAAGUUAAGCAGGACACCGCAGAAGAGCGCCUGAAAAACUAUCAAGAGCUGGUUGAUCUGGAGAAUGCGGACAUAGUUGCCAGUGGCGAGCCAUUCGACUGCCCCGUCUGCCUGCUGCUCUGUCAGCCGGGGGAUGGCGUCGUGCUCAGAGACUGUCUGCACACGUUCUGCAGGCCUUGUCUAGUUGACACAGUUCAGUACAGUGAAGAGGCUGAAGUCAAAUGUCCUUACAGAGAUGCCAAUUACGCCUGCGAUAGUGCACUGCUACAGCGAGAAAUAAAAGCGGCCAUCCAUACUGGAAAAAAUUGUAAACAGUAUCAAGAACGUGCAAAGCAGGACUCGGAUACCAAUGCAGAUGCCAGGAGAACGAACGCUAUGUUGGAGGAAAUGGUGGAACGGGGAGAAGCGAUGAAGUGUCCGACAUGUGAGGUGAUUCUGAUGAAAAAGUGGGGCUGUGAUUGGCUGCGCUGUUCCAUGUGCAAAACUGAAAUCUGUUGGGUGACACGUGGACCUCGUUGGGGUCCUUUGGGCAAGGGAGAUACUUCAGGAGGAUGCCACUGCGGGGUCAAUGGUGUGAAAUGCCAUCCGAAAUGCAACUACUGUCACUGACAUCGUUCUCACUUGCUACUGUACUCAUAAACUAGCUGUAUUGUGCUUUGCCAAAUGUAUUUGCUGUUCAAUGUAUGUACCGAUGAUGUGAGAACGCACUGGAAAAUCCUAUCAUCAUAAGCUUAGUUUUGUAUGUUUUAUUUGUUCUCAGCAGACUACCCACAGUACUUACAAGACAAAGCAAUGCAGUAAGAAUCUCAUGUUAGAUUUCACAUCCAAGGUUUUUCAUAUUAUAACUGUACAGUACUUGAAUUUAAACUUGAAAUAUUUGUCAAGAGGUUUGACUACCAUUGUGGCCUUUCAAAUGCUAGUUAAAUAAAUGAUAGUUUCUCUAGAUUUACUAAAAAGCAUUCAGAUUGUUGAACCCAACAUCAAAAUUGAAUUAAACAAAAUUUAAAGUGAAGGAAUUUUUGUUUAAUGAAGAAUUGCUUGUGGCUACUGUAUUGUACAUAAGUUUCUGAUGUAUCAGCUUUUUUAUAGUUACGCGAACUUUUGUUAUCAGUGAACAUCUAAUAUAAUUUAUUUAUUUCACCAAUUUUCACAUCCAAUAGUCUCUCUGGAACUGAAAAAUUUUAUCAGUAUUGGAAACAAGAUCCCUGGAAUUUUAACUUGAGUAACAUUGACUGCAAACUUUCAUUUCACACUACAAAGGCGUAUUUCAGAACUACUUUUAAUUAGAAUUUUAUAACAUAAUAUUGAUGUUGUUGUUAGAUUUUGACUAAAAUAAUAAUUAUUUUUCAAUGAUAACAUCAAACUAGUUCUUAAAAACCCAAUAAUGUAUAUCAAUGCUUGUUCUGUUUCAACUUUUCUAGUCAAUAUCUUGUUAGUCAGAUAACCAGUGAUAAUAUUUUUAAGAAUGAUGCUUCAGUCAUUGAUUUGUUAGUUUCUUGUCAUUUCAGACCAUUUUGCUGUAAAAGAACUGUUGAAAUGUGCCAUCAGUAGAUUUGAUUUGAUCAAAACAUUGAGGUGUAUUAUAAUAUUCGAUAAUUUUGUAUGAUAAAGCAAUGUUGUGCGAAGUUUUGUUCCUUUUAUUCGUUAAUCACCCAAUAUUGUUUAUUACAAGUGCUGAAGGUGUUCAUUACAAGUAAUAAGUGAUCAAUGAAGUAAUAUUACUGUAAUGUGUCUACUAAUUUAAUCAAAAUCACAGAUCAGAUUUAAAUCAAAGUUUAUAUCAAGUGUUCAAGUUCAUACAACAAGCUGGUACUACUUGAAGAUAAGAUAUAAUCUUCUCAGAAAAGGCGAAUAAAUUUAAACCAAAUUUCCA